UAGUUUGCUCAUACAAAACUUCUCUCAUCACAACCGAACAGAGAGUCAAAGAAAUAGAAUCCAUCCAUCCUUUUGAGGCCUGUAAAGAAAACAACACUGCCUUAAACCCACACUCCCACUGACAAAACAAAAACAUCUUUACCCCGUCUCUCGCUCGUUCCAAAUCUCGCCCUUUUUGCUUUGCAUACAUACUGAUCUCAAAAAAUGGAGGAUAAACUGCAGACGACAGACCGCACACCAUUGAAGGCGUAAAAGCUAAGGAUCUUCUUUAAUUUGUUUUGGUGGGAUUUCAGAAAUAAUUACUGCUGCGAAAAUGGUGAGCCUUAUGGACUUGAGAAAGCUUUCCUUCUCAGAUCAGGUAUCGUCUUCGAGAAAACGGGUGCUGUCGAGUUUUGGAUUCGGAAUUUUGAUGUCUUUUAUCGUCUUGAGUGUGGUUUUGUAUAAUGCCUCGUUUAAGGCCCCUCUUUUGAAUCCUAUUUUUUGGAAUACUGGAAUGGGUUCGAACAGUAGUACUAGUUCAUUUCUGUCGUGGCCCUUUUCUAGGGGGGCUGAAAUUUCCAAUUCUGUUAAUUGUGCUUCCAACGGUUCUAGUCUUGUUCAGAAAUCGAUGCACUCUGUUGCCCUAAACGGCACCGUGGAAUCAAAUGUGUUUGCUAGUAAUAAGAGUUUAGAUUCGUCGAGUUUUGAUGGGAAAGAUGCUGUUUUUAAGGAUGCCCGUGUGAGAAAUGUAUCUGGAGAUUUGAAAAACGCUACCCUUUUUGUUGGAAACGGAAACGGAAAUGGAAAUGUUGAAGAAGUGAAAACAGAUGCAAAAAGUGGUUCCCCGAUUGACAAUAGUACAAUGUCGGAGGAGGCCCAAGUCGGAAAUUUCAAGAAUAAUUCGAGGGCUGGUUGGGUAAAGGAUUCGGAAGGGAGCACAGUUAGGGAGAAUUCUAUUGCUAAGGUUGAGGGGGAGGGGGCCUCUCCCAUUGGCACUCGCAGUUAUAAAGAAAUUGGCAAUGAUUUGGGGAAGAAAUCUGCAUAUACUUUGGAUGGUACUAAAAGUUCUUACAAGGAUUGCGAUAUAUUUAAUGGUAGAUGGGUUAGGGAUGAAUCGAAACCGUAUUAUCCUCCUGGAUCUUGCCCUUAUAUCGAUAGAGAUUUUGAUUGUCACCUUAAUGGAAGACCGGACAAUGAGUACGAGAAAUGGAGAUGGCAGCCGUACGGGUGCGAUAUCCCCCGCUUUAACUCGACAGAUUUUCUUGAGAGGCUUAGAGGGCAAACUCUGGUGUUUGUUGGGGAUUCUCUUAAUAGGAACAUGUGGGAGUCUCUUGUUUGCAUGCUUCGCCAUGGUGUCCGGAACAAGAAACGAGUUUAUGAGAUUUCCGGGAGGCAUGAAUUCAAAAAGAAGGGUUUCUAUGCAUUCCGAUUCGAGGAUUACAACUGUUCAAUCGAUUUUGUUAGCUCUCCUUUCCUCGUCAAGGAGUCGUCUUUUAAAGGCAAAAACGGUUCUUUUGAGACGCUACGACUAGAUCUAAUGGACGCCACUACUUCCAUGUAUCGCGAAGCGGAUAUACUAAUAUUUAACACAGGUCACUGGUGGACUCACGAAAAAACUUCCAAAGGAGAAGGCUAUUACCAGGAAGGCAAUCACGUGCAUGCGAGGCUGAAAGUUUUGGAAGCAUUCAAGAGGGCAUUAGAGACGUGGGGUAAAUGGGUCGAUAAGAACAUCGAUAGAACCAAAACGCUAGUAAUUUUCAGAGGAUACUCGGUCACACAUUUUAGGGGCGGGCCAUGGAACUCAGGGGGGCAGUGCAACAAAGAAACGGAGCCGAUAUUCAAUGACGAAUACUUGGCCAAGUAUCCUUCGAAGAUGAAGCUUCUAGAAUAUGUGAUCAAAGAUAUGAAGACACCGGUUAGUUAUCUCAACAUAAGCCGGCUGACAGACUAUAGAAAGGAUGGGCACCCGUCGGUUUACAGACCGGACUAUCAGGCGCAACGGGAAGUGCACGCUCAAGACUGCAGCCACUGGUGCUUGCCGGGGGUUCCCGACACUUGGAACCAGCUGCUCUAUGUGUCGCUCUUACAGAGUGGACGAGGAUCUUGGAGAGGAAACUGAACUGAUGAUAUCUAUGUUCAUCCCACGUUGUAUGAAGUGAGAAAAAUUGUGAUUGCAUACGAGUUUUGGUUGGAUGUAAUGUAACAUGUACAUUAGUGAGUAGUUUGUGUAUUUGUCGAAGUUUGAGAUUCAUUUAUUGAUUGUGUAAUUUACACUCGCUCUUCUUUUC